CUCCUUUUUUUUUCCCCCAAAUCUUCUUGUGGUUGACAGGAUAGAACCCUAGAAAAUCCUUCCUCCUUCGUUACGUUUUCGAUUCUGAUUUUCUUUGUCUUCCACAUUUCUUUCAGUAGCUGUUUCCAUUUCUACAUUUUCCAUUUGUUUUCAGUUUCGAUCCACAAAAUUCUCGGAGAACAUUCUAUUUCGUAUAUUUGUUUGGUUUCGUGUUUUGAUCUCUUGCUGCAGAGAAAAUCAUGAAUACUUUUCUUCACAAGCUAUGGGAUGAAACGCUUGCAGGCCCUACGCCAGAUACCGGCCUUGGAAAGCUUCGCAAGUAUGAUUCGCUUUCGGCCGCGGAAUCGCCUCCGGUUAAGAUUUCCAAAGAUAUUCCUGUAACUCGGAGCAUCACCAUUCUCAGGAGCAACUCAGAUUUCAGGAGUAACUCGGAUGAUCGUAGUAGAAGGAUGAUUGAUUUGCUCGCUGGAGAAUCCUCUCCGCGGACUCCUUCUACUCCUGGGACGCCAGAAGGUAAUCCGAAGAGACUUGCAUGGAGAAAAUCGUCGGCUGUAUCAUUGGAACAAGACGGUUAGAAGAUCUCGAUUAACACAGUCUUGUGACAUCGAUUAUUGAAGGGGAAGCAUCCAAAUAAUUUUAUAUAAAUUAUAAAUGUAUGUAUCUGAGUGUAUUUAUUUAUAUCUUUGUAUAUAAUGGCAACUGAUCCAGCUACAGAUAUUCAAUCCACCCCUUGGCAUUAAAUAUUCUGCCCAGAAAGGGAGCACGGAUUUCUUGGUUCUGUUUGUUCUUAAUAAUUUAUAACAAUACAUUUGUGAAUUAUGUGUGUAUAGUAUAUAAUAUCAUUGCAUUUGGA